AUGGAUGCUCUAGCAGCUAAUCCUCGCAAGGUAUUUGUUGGUAAUCUGCCAGCAGGGUAUGCAGAACAAGACCUAAGGGACUUCUUUUCGAAAGUUGGGACAAUUAGUAAACUAGAACUUAAACAAAGAUUUUGCUUUAUAGAAUAUGAAGAAGAAAGUCAGGCAGAAGCGGCUCAUAGAGAGUUGGAUGGAGUGGAAUUUGGUGGCCAAAGAAUUGCUGUUCAACCACAUGAUCCUUUAGUGAGAACAAAGGAUGUAGAAAAUACCAAUAAACCUCAAUAUAACCGUCCUCUACCAUCUGAUGGACGUGGACCUCCUAGAAAACACUACCGUGUAUGUGUAUUUAACUUGGAUGAAAAUGCAUCUUGGAGAGAUCUUAAGGACUAUGGAAGACAAAUCGGAGAGGUAAAUUACUCAGCUGUAUUCCACUACCAAGGCCAGAAGGUUGGUGUAGUUGAAUAUUUGACUGUUGAGGAGAUGAAGAGAGCCUUGGAAGAAAUCCCCAACUUACCAUUUCUGGGUAAAACUAUCAGAGCAGAAGAAGAUGUGGGGCAAUUAGAUAGGGAAUUGGCAGCUGCUAAUGGUUAUGGAAUUAAGAGGAGAUCACCUCCAUCUUAUUCUUCAGGUCCUUAUGGAGGUCGUCCUAGAAGUCGUUAUCCAUCACCUCCUAGGUAUCGCCAACGUAGUAGAUCUCCACGAAGAGAUGGAUAUGAUCGUAGAGACAGAUAUCCUCAUGGGGAUGACAGGUUCAGAAGAGGUUAUGAUGAUCGCAUGCCACCUCUUCGGGAUGAAUAUUAUUCACGCCGAGAUGAACUGCGUGGUGGUUAUGGAGACCGAUAUCCUCCCCUUGCUCAUGAGGAUCGUGACAGACACCCUUCUGAUCGCUUUGAUGACCGUUUUCAAAGCAGAAGCAGACCUCAGUAUGACCGUAGAAGCUUGUCACCUAGAAGUGGACAUUAUGGGAGCUCAAGACCAUAUUAUCCCCGAGAUGAGGAUAGAGAGCGUCGACCCAAUGAUGGAUAUCCUCCAAACAGUAGUUACUAUUCUAGGGAAGAUCGUGAGCCUCCAAGAACAAGAGGUGGAUAUCCAUCUGGUGGUGUUCCUUCUGGAGGAAGUAGACAGCCUCCAUAUUAA